AUGGCUUGGACCUGCGUCUGGCUCUGUUGGAUCUGGGUGCGCUUAUCGGGCCUGUUCUUUCCGACCGUGCUUGGGAUUUUGCUCACAGCCGCUGACAUGCGAAUCGUAGAUUGGAUUCAGGGCAAGCGGGUGCUUGAUGUCGGGUGCAAUACCGGCCAGCUUGCCAUACAGCUGGCACAAUACAUGCGACCCGCCUCGGUGCGAGGUCUGGACAUUGAUCCCGUACUUAUUUCACAGGCUCGCCACAACCUUGAGGUCGAGGCCUCACGCUUCUAUGGCUACUUUCCCAAAAGUUUGGCCCUACAACGGGGCGCCCUCGAGCCUACACCCCGCCGCAGCGACCAUGUUGCUGCGGGAUUCCAAGAGCGCGACUGCGCCACGCUGCUGCAGACAAAGCAGGAGCUCGAUCGACUUAAACGUUUUUAUGACGAGAUUGAAUCGCUGGGUGGGACCAGCCGUCGCUUCUUUGGGCCGCCAUCGCCCAAGCGAGCGGCCACUGCUAGCAACACACCGGCCCACAGCCCGCCCAGCGGGUCUCGUGGGGGACCUGCGGGCCCAUCUCGACAUGAGCUUGCAGAGCAGGCGCGUCAACUGACAGAAGCCGCGGAGAAGCAGCAGCUGCAGGCAGCGGUGGUCCAGAAUGACCAAAGCUUUCCCCGGAAUGUUGUCUUUGAGGCGGGCGAUAUUCUCGAAGCGGCGGCCACGGCAGCGCCUCGCUUUCAUACAAUCCUGUGUCUGGACGUGCCCAAGUUUGUACACUUGACGCAUGGCGACGAGGGGCUGCGGCUGCUGUUUGCGGUACAGGUGGAGCUGUUGCUGCCUGGCGGGAUAUUGGUGGUACAGUAUCAGGGGUGGCCAUCGUACACGCGGGAUCGGAACCGCACGGCUCUGUACAAUUACUUUAUGGGCCGGAUCACGCUGCAGCCGGCCGCCUUUGCUGGAUGGCUGAACGAGUGCCAUGGUUUAGAGCUGGUGGAUGAGCACGUGGUGAUUCAGGGACGAGCAACUCCCCCACGUGUCGCUCUCUCUCUCUUUCUGACACCACACACACACACACACACACACACACACACACACACACACUCUCUCUCUCUCUGUGUCGGCGCGCGCGUGUGUGUGAGAGAGCAUUUCCCUGUCAUGGAAGUGGUUGCGGCUGAUAAUGAGGCGCCGCGCGCCGUGUAUGGUGUCGAGCGCGAGACGCUCAAUGAGGACGUCUUGAGCAAGUACCGGGCUGCGGCACGUAUCUGCAAUGAGACUUUGCAACAGUUGCUGCCCAUGUGCGUCCCUGGUGCUGAUAUCAGUGAGCUGUCCAAGGCAACCGACGAGAAUCUGGAGCGCCUGAUUGCCGAGCUCCCAGCCUCUGAGGGCGAGGACGGCGAGACAAUGGAAAAGGGCAUUGCCCUUCCCACUUGCAUGGCUGUCAAUGAAAUUGCCGGCUUUCACGUCCAGCAUGCCCCUGGCGUGCUCCUUGCGGCCGGUGAUGUGGUCAAGAUCAACUUUGGUGUGCAUGUGGAUGGUUACAUUGCCCAGAUUGGUCACACCCACAUUUGUGGCUUGGGUGAUCAGCCCAUGCGGGGCCGCCGCGCCGACGUGGUGUGCGCCGCCUAUGCUGCCUCGCAGCUUGUUCAUCGUAUGCUCCGCCCUGGCGUCAAGAGCCAGCAACUGACGCAGGCUGUUCACGAGCUUUGCCGUGAUUUUGGCUGCCAUGCCACGGAGGAGACAUUCAGCUGCUCCAUUCAGCGCUUUGUGCACGAAGGCAACAAGGUCUUCUUGAAUCGUCUUCAGGUCGAGGAUGCCCCUGAUGGCUUUGAGAUUGAGGCAGAUGACGUGUUCACCAUCGACAUUAUGGUCAGCAACCAUUCCCCCAAGCUCCGUAGCGGUGAUAUCAAGCCCACAGUGCUUAUCCGCAACUUGGCCGUGGAAUAUCAACUCAAGUCACGCAUUGCACGCCACACCUAUGCCGAGAUUGCCCGUCGCUUCCCCACCAUGUGGUUUGCCGCCAACCGCCUCGAGACGGAGGGUGCGCCUCUGGGUAUCAAGGAAUGUGUUGAACACAACUUGCUGGUGCCGUACUCGGUGCGUACCAGCAAGCCUGGCACGCAGGUCGCACAGUUUCGAUUCACGGCCGUUGUGACUCCCGAGCACACUCUUCGAUUGACGUCCCACCCCCCACCCUUUGUCCAAUCGACUUUUGGUGUGCGUAAUGAGGAGCAGUUCCAAUUGCUCUCCAAGGUGGAGCCGGAUGAGGGCGUGCAGGUGGCGUUGCCCGUCAACUCUGCGGGUUACAAGCCCGUGGAUGUGGAUGCGUUGGUGCUGGGCGAGUCUGAGGAUUCCAGUGAUGUCAAGAUGCACGAUCGCGUGUAAGGAGCCAAUGUAUCUGUCGCUGAGCGUCGCGAUGUGCGUCGGUUGUGUUCUCGGCUGCCGUGGCUGCAGCUUGACUUGACACGGUGUUUCCAUGCCCCUCGGCCUCGUUGAUCGAUGUCCCUUGCCUUUUGAUCUUUUUGUUUUGCGUUUUGUGAUUGUUCGCUUCAGGGGCUAGGGGGGCGAUGUAUUCUUCUUCUUUCUUUUGUGGCUUGUCCAUUUGCUGGUUGGGUGAUCUGAAUCGAGUAGUGCUGCAACUGCAGGCAUGAAAACUUG